CAGGGCGCCCGAUUCCGGAAGGGACUGCACAGUUGUGGCGGCGGUUUCUGUGUUGCAGGCUAGCGUUUCUUGUCUGCUGGAGCGGCGGGUCACCCAGCGGCAUCAUGGUCGAGGAGGUGCAGAAACAUUCUGUGCACACACUUGUGUUCAGGUCACUGAAGAGAACCCAUGACAUGUUUGUAGCUGAUAAUGGAAAACCUGUGCCUUUGGAUGAAGAGAGCUUCCCGCUGCUCUCAGAGCCUUGCUGAGCUGAAAUUGUACCUGGCCAGUACCUCUACUCCCAUCUUUUCUCUCACAAACGGAAAAUGGCAAUCAAGCUGCGUAAUGAGUAUGGUCCUGUGUUGCAUAUGCCUACUUCAAAAGAAAAUUUUAAAGAGAAAUGUCCUCAGAAUGCAUCGGAUUCAUAUGGUCAUAAACAAUAUCCUGCCAAUCAAGGACAAGAAGUUGAAUAUUUGGUGACAGGUACACAUCCAUAUCCACCAGGACCUGGGGUUGCUUUGACUGCAGAUACUAAGAUCCAAAGAAUGCCAAGUGAAUCAGCCGCUCAGUCCUUAGCUGUGGCAUUACCUUCUUCUCAGACCAGGGUUGACGCAAAUCGUAAUGCACCUGCUGGAGGUGAAUACCGACAUCCGGCGGCUGCUGACCGUUCACAGCCUGCAGGGAUGACUUCAGCUGUUAUGGAGGCUGGCAAUGCCAAAAACUCUGCACUGAUGGCUAAAAAAGCCCCUACAAUGCCCAAACCCCAGUGGCACCCACCAUGGAAACUGUACAGGGUGAUCAGUGGACAUCUUGGCUGGGUUCGCUGUAUUGCUGUAGAACCUGGAAACCAGUGGUUUGUAACUGGAUCUGCUGACAGAACUAUAAAGAUCUGGGACUUGGCUAGUGGCAAAUUAAAACUGUCAUUAACUGGGCACAUUAGUACAGUGCGUGGUGUGAUAGUAAGCACACGGAGCCCUUACCUGUUCUCCUGUGGAGAAGACAAACAAGUCAAAUGCUGGGAUCUUGAAUAUAAUAAGGUUAUAAGGCACUAUCAUGGACAUCUGAGUGCAGUGUAUGGUUUGGAUUUGCACCCAACAAUUGAUGUGCUGGUAACCUGUAGUCGAGAUUCAACUGCACGGAUUUGGGAUGUGAGAACUAAAGCCAGUGUGCACACAUUAUCUGGACAUACAAAUGCAGUUGCUACAGUGAGGUGUCAAGCUGCAGAACCACAAAUUAUUACUGGAAGCCAUGAUACUACAAUACGAUUAUGGGAUUUGGUGGCUGGAAAAACAAGAGUCACAUUAACAAAUCACAAAAAAUCCGUCAGGGCUGUGGUUUUACAUCCUAAACAUUACACAUUUGCAUCUGGCUCUCCAGAUAACAUAAAACAGUGGAAAUUCCCUGAUGGAAGUUUUAUUCAAAAUCUUUCUGGUCAUAAUGCUAUUAUUAACACACUGACAGUAAAUUCUGAUGGAGUGCUUGUUUCUGGAGCUGACAAUGGCACUAUGCAUCUUUGGGACUGGAGAACUGGCUAUAAUUUCCAGAGAGUUCAUGCAGCUGUGCAGCCUGGAUCUUUGGAUAGUGAAUCAGGAAUAUUUGCUUGUGCUUUUGAUCAGUCUGAAAGUCGGUUACUAACAGCUGAAGCUGAUAAAACCAUUAAAGUGUAUAAAGAGGAUGAUACAGCGACAGAAGAAACUCAUCCAGUCAGCUGGAAGCCAGAAAUUAUCAAGAGAAAGAGAUUUUAAUGUAACAUUGUCUUCAUGGUGGCUCCCCCCCACACACACCCUUUUAAAAAAAAAAAAAAAAAGCUUGGUGUUGAUGAGGAUAUCCAGUCAUUUUGUGCUCUGGCUAGGAAUGCAGAAACUCACAUGCUUAAAUCAUUCCUGCUUCGUAUUUUAUAAUAAACUGCCCCCCCCCCCCCGUGUUAUUUUCUAAAAUAAAUAAUUUGAGAUCCUAAGAAGAUGCAGAUAUCAAGCAUACGCAGGUUCAUUGAACACAACUAUUCUAAAGAUAGAAUAUUUGUCAGUUUUAUUAAAAGACACUUUUUAAAAAAACUUAACCAAACUGCUUACUAUAAUAAGGAUAUGUUUUGAGGGGAGCAGUUGUGUUUUUGUGUGUGUGUGUGUGUGUUUUUCUUUUUUUUUUUUUUUAGUCCUUUAGGAACUAGUAUCUGUGACUAAUAAUUUGGGAUUAAAGGAUUUGAAGUCUUACUAUAAUUUAUGUAUGUUUAUUCCACAGUUUUUGAGUGUGUGCUCUGCAAAGCUCUGCACUGGAUACUGUUCAGGAAAUAGACAAGCAAGUUGUAUCUGGCCUCCAAGACUCUAGUUUAUGUUACAGAAAUGCAGUAAGGGAGAGGCAGGCAAAAAGCUGGAGUAGCACAGAGGGAAGAGCCAGUAAUUUUUCCCAGAGAGCAUGUGGAAGACUUCAUAGAGUCAGGGGUAUUUGAGCUGAGCCUUGAGACGGCACAGAGGGAAAACAGUUUUCUAAGAUGAGGCAUAAAGUGAAUGAAACCAGACGUGGGAAACUCUGACGUGUUCUAGGAGCAAAGAGCUGUCUGCUGCAGUUGAGUAAUGAGAACAGCUGGCUGGUGCUGGAGAAUGUGCAUGUUUGCAGUUUGAUUGUAUUCCAGAAGCAGUAGGAUACCAAGAUAGGUAUCAAAUCCUGGAGAAAUAGCAAGAUACCAGUGGAGGUAUUUGAAGCUGUGGCAAGCCCUGUAGUCUUCUUUGAAGACUUUCUGCAUAAGGGUUACUUAAGUUUCUGAUACCUAUGCCUUGUAAAUGAGUUUUCUGAUCCUUGCCCUUAGGAUCUUGAGUCCCCAUCAGUCAAGAAAAUGAGUCCAACUUCACUUUCCAUAGUUAGAAAACACAGUUACAAGAACAAUUAAAUUUUUUUCAAAUUAAAAAUAUUGCACCAUAAUUUUGAACAAGUAUUUCUGAAUUAUACAUAUCCCAUCUUGCAUGCUAUAGGUGGGAGUAUAAUUUUAUAACCUUUGGGGGUGGGGGUUUCAGAGUAUAUUGAAAAUGCUCAAACCAUUUCGCUAAACUCUUCAUUAAAAAUGAAAUUACUAGGAAACUGCCUAAUAGGAAUAAUCUGACAAGUGUACACAAGCAGGUUUAUUGCACCUUUGUUCUUUAAUAAUUAAAACUAGCUCAGAGGUCCUACCAGUAAGGGACUGGUGUAAUAGAUUAUGGUACCGUCAUGCAAUUUAUUUCUAUUCAUUAAGAGUGAGGGAUGUCUCUGGAUUAACAAUAAGAUGUCCAAACUUAUGUAAAAAAAAAAAAAGUUGUGGACCCUUUUUUUUUUUGUAGGAUAACUUGAUAAUGCUAUAAAAAAUAAUGGAAAAGUAAUACCACAUUGUUGUCAGUGGCUUUGUGAGGGAGUGAAAUUGUGGGAGAACUUUCAUGAUUGGCUUUAUAUAUUUCUAUAAUGUUUUAAUUUUCUAUAAGCAUGUAUUUUGUAAACUUAAAUAAAGAAAUCCACUACACUUGCA